AUGCAAAUAAUCAACACACACCUGACGAGCCUUCUCGGUACUCGCGUGCCAAUCGUAUCUGCCGCGAUGGCAGGUGCGGCUUCCACAGCCCUGGCGGUCGAAGUGACGCGCGGCGGCGGUUUCGGUUUCGUCGGUGCAGCGUUCGACGCCCCUGAGAAACUCGCGGCGGACCUGAAGGCGGCGCGGGCGUCCUUCCCCGACCUUGCGCCCACCGCGCCCACGCCGAUCGGCGUUGGGUUCAUCGGCUGGCUGCUCGACACGGACGAGGUGCGCGGCCGCGCGCUCCUGGCCGCGGCGCUCGCGAGCAACGUCGCCGCCAUCUGGCUCGCGUUCGGGGUCGACGUCCGCAAGUGGGUCGUCGCCGCGCGUUCGGGCGCGGUGUCUACAGGCGCGCCGCGGCCGCUCGUGUUCGUGCAGGUGACGUCGGUGGAGGAGGCUCGGGUCGCGGCGGAGGAGUGGGGCGUGGACGUCAUCGUUGCGCAAGGGAACGAGUCGGGCGGGCACGGCGGUGCGGCCGCGCCUCCCACUUUCACGCUCGUCUCCGAGGUCCUCGCGAAGCUCGGCCCGUCCGGUCCUCCCGUCCUCGCCGCAGGCGGGCUCGCCACGGGCGCGCAAAUUGCGUCGUGCCUCACCCUGGGCGCCGCGGGCGUCGUGCUCGGCACGCGCUACGUGCUCACGCCCGAGUCUGUGUACCCCGCAGAUGGCAAGGCGCGACUGCUGCGCGCGACGGGAACGGACACCGUGCGCACACUCACGCUCGACUACGCGCGCGGGACGUACGGGUGGCCGGCGGGCAUUGACGGGCGCGGGCUCCGGACCGCGAUCGUCGACGACAUCGAGAGUGGGGUGGAGCACGCGGAGGUGCAGGCAAAGUUCAAGGCGGGGGACGAGGGGUAUACAGUGACGUGGAGCGGGACGGGGGUCGGGUUGAUGGACGAGAUCAAGCCGGCGAAGCAACUCACGGAGGAGCUGCAUGGGGACGUCGUGAAGGCGUUGCAGCGCACACAGUCAUUUUUCGCGGUAUGA